AUGUGCGAGCACAAGAUCCCUUUUAAUGGCGGCAGCAGUCAAUCUACUGUGGCUGGAUCGUUGUGUGAUCUGCUCGAAGACCAUUUUUACAUCAGUGGCAAAAAAAAAGCUGCCCACAUUGCUGGAUUGAGAAUUUAUGCGAAUUUGUUGUAG